UCUAUGCCAGAAAAACAAUCCCAUACAAACAUUAUGUACCUACUUAUGAUGCAAACGAAAUUACGUUAGGAAGCAGUCAGUUAGCGUUAAUUAAAUCCUAUUGCAUUCUCGCGAGUAAAAUAAAAGAAAUGCACAAAAUUGUUACGGUAAUCUAAUGAUGGGUGGUUAACAAAGAUGUGAGAAAAUUGUUUAUGGAACAAAUUGUCGACCUUUUUACCUACUGCGAAAAUAAUAAACUCGGUUAAGGUUAGAAUAAAUAAUUGUUUUCUAGAUCGGAGAAUGAUUUAUUUCUUUGUGUUUUUAUGGAUUUGUGGAAUAUGGGUACCGAAUGUAGCUGCAAAUGAAGUACGGCUUCCUCCCACUUUGAUACCGGAACAUUACAGUUUAGAAAUAAUCACCGAUUUAAAUAAUUUUAAUUUUUCCGGAAAAGUUUGGAUUCGGGUGAAAUGCAUUAAAGAAACAAAUCAAGUUGUGCUGCACUCGGAAGGAUUAACAAUAAAUACCAAUGGCACCACCGUUAAAACUAUUGAUGCGGACGUCAAAAACUCAAUAAAAUUAACAAAUUUUUCAUUCAACGAAGAAAACGAUUUCUUUACCAUUAUUUUAGACCAACCUUUAAAAUUGGACCAAAAAUAUGAAAUAUUUAUACCGUUCAAUAGAACGUUGGAUCAAAAUUUGGACGGAUACUAUAGGAGUAGUUACGAUAAUCCAAAAACAAAGCGCAAAGAAUGGUUGUCUGUAACACAGUUUGAACCAACAUCCGCACGUAGUGCCUUUCCGUGUUUUGAUGAACCGUCGCUCAAAGCAAUCUUCAAUAUUAGCUUAGGCCGGACCGAAAAGUACAGUAGCAUAAGUAAUAUGCCCCUAAGCAAAACCGAACCAAUAAGAGGAAAACCGGGGUGGGUCUGGGAUCGUUACGAGGAAACUGUUCCUAUUUCCACAUAUCUCAUUGCGUUUGUUGUUUCUGAUUUUGAAUACAAGGAGUCACCUCCAAAUAACAAUAGCGCUGUGUUUAGGAUAUGGGCAAGGAGCAACGCUAUUAAUCAAGUUGAGUUUGCUAAAAAUGUUGGUCCCAAGUGUUUGCAAUUUUACGAGAACUUUUUCGAUAUAAAAUAUCCGCUACCAAAACAGGAUAUGAUCGCUAUUCCCGAUUUCAAUGCAGGCGCUAUGGAAAAUUGGGGAUUGAUAACGUAUAGGGAAACGGUUUUAUUAUUUGAUAACUCGACCUCUUCCGAGGUUAACAAGCAUUCUAUAGUCAGUGUGAUUGCACAUGAAUUGGCUCAUCAAUGGUUUGGCAACUUGGUUACGAUGAAAUGGUGGACCGACUUGUGGUUAAACGAAGGGUUCGCCACACAUAUGGCGGCAUUGGCAGUACACAAUCUUUUUCCCGAAUGGAAUAGCCUCUCUCACGAAACCGUAUCAAAUAUGUUGUCGGUUUUCAGUUUGGAUGCUUUAAAGUCAUCCCACCCGGUUUCAGUCACAGUCGCAAAUCCUAAAGAAAUUAACGAAAUUUUCGAUAUAAUCUCUUAUAAAAAAGGUUCAUUUUUGUUGCACAUGAUACGUAAUUUUCUCUCUGAAAAGACCUUUAAAAAUGGAGUGACACAUUAUUUAAACAAACACAAGUUUAGUAAUGCUGAGCAGGACGACCUGUGGCAAGCCUUAACGGAGCAAGCGCAUGAAGACGCAUCUUUGCUAUCACAUCUGACUGUAAAAGAAAUUAUGGACACUUGGACCUUACAAACUGGAUUCCCAUUAGUUACAGUCAUAAGAAAUUACCAGACCAAUUCGGCGCAGCUUAGUCAGGAACGUUUUCUACUGGAUACUUUGGAAAGAGAGAAGAAAAAUUCAUGUUGGUGGAUACCCAUUACUUAUACAACACAACGGGAUUUAAAUUUCAAAAGUACAAAACCUUUGCAAUGGAUGACCUGCCCACAGGGAUCUCUGUCUAUCAAUAAUUUACCUAAUAACGACCAAUGGAUAUUGUUUAACUUGAACGUAUCAGGGUUAUACAGAAUCAAUUACGAUGAAGAUAAUUGGAAAAUGCUCAUCAAAACUCUGCAAAGUGACCUAUAUAGUACGAUAGGUGCGCUAAAUCGUGUUCAGCUAAUUGAAGAUUCAGGCGCUUUGGCGUGGGUAGGAAAGUUACCUUACAGCAUCUACUUUGAUGUUCUGGAUUAUCUACGGUAUGAAAAGGAAUAUUUGCCAUGGAAAUCUGCCCUAUCAAACAUAGACACUGUUGAAAAACUGAUACGAAGAACGUCCGCUUUUGGCGCGUUUAAGGAAUUUAUGAAUGCGCUCAUCUCUCCAAUCUACAACGAUGUAGGUGGUUUGAACAAAAAACCAACAAAGAAUUUGUUAGAAAGCACACGGUAUCGUUCGAUGAUAACAAGUUGGGGUUGUAAAUUUAGGGUAGGUACUUGCGUACAAGAAGCUCGGGAAGUUUUCAACAAAUGGUUAGAAAAUCCAAGCAACAAUAUCAUACCAAAAGAGUUGCGAUCAGUGGUGUAUUGUACCGCUGUCAAACAUGGCGGUGAAGCUGAAUGGAACUUUUUAUGGAAUCAGUAUAAGACUACGAACACGGCAACCGAAAAAUCCUUAAUACUGAGCACUUUGGGUUGUACCAGGGAGGUUUGGUUGUUGGAAAGGUACAUGGAUUGGGCGAUUGAUGAUACUUCAGGUAUCAGAAAACAAGACGCUUUGCUUACAUUUACAUCCGUGGCGAAAAACGAAGUGGGUUACUAUGUGGCAAAGAAUUUCGUGUGGAAAAGAAUAGGCGAUAUACAAAAUUAUUUGGGAGUUAACAGUCGAAGAGUGUCGUCGCUUAUAUCUACGCUUGCCUCGCAGAUGAUUUACGAAGAAGAUUAUCAGGAAUUGAAAAACUUCACAAUUAGAAACAGCAAUUAUUUGGUUCCAAGCAAACAAGCAAUCGAACAAUCCUUGGAAAGUGUUAGACUGCAAGUGCAGUGGCAUAAAUCACACUUCCAUUUAAUCAAAGAAAAGUUAUCAGCUUACGAUAAAGUGUAGGAGCGGUACUAAAGUGUCAAGAAAGAAUUGUAUAAAAUUAGUCUGUAGCGACUAUAGCGUGAUAGUAUGUACUUGUUAAAUUAAGAUAAUUAGACCUAAAUAAAGAAAAAUUAAUGAAAAAAUCAAAAAAAUAAAA